AUGUUUGUGGGCAUCCGGAAACCCGGUGCAAUUGGGGAAAAAAAGGGGCUAGUUUUUUUUACUGCCCAGAGCCUGGCCUGCAGUCCUGGUGAGUCUUUCUUCUGUCAGGGUGCAGUGGGAGGUGUGACUGCCGGCACAUCUAAUCUCGCCCAGCCUGGCAGUGACUUGUGUUCCCUUCCACAGUGCUCCAAGAGCUGUCAGACGGGCAAGCGGAGACGCCAGGUCAUCUGCUAUGACCGAGAUCGAAAGCACCAGGACCCAGAGAAGUGUGACCCGCGUGCCUAUCCUCGGGAGUUUGAGGAUUGUAACAGCCAGCCUUGCUUCCUGCCCCAAACGGUGCCCAGCUUUCCAGAUCCGACCGGAUUCAACCCUGACGAGGAUUUGUCGACGUUCCCGAACGCUGAGUCUCCUCUGUUUCCUGGAGCCCAUUCUCCAAACUACCUGCCAGUUCGUGGGGAGACCAACCUCCUUCCAGGGCACAGUGAGUGGGAUCUGCCCCAGCUGUAUCCGUCCGCCUCAGACUCAGACCCUCCAGCAACUGGCUCCAUCCCUGAGCCCUCAAGGACACGGCUGGAACUGCUGGGGCCAGACAUGAAGGACUGCCACACUGAACCGUAUGGCUGCUGUCCAGACGGAUACGCUACAGCUACUGGACCAGGAGGACAGGGCUGUCCCACCAUCCUCUGCUACAAGAGCAGGUAUGGCUGCUGCCCUGACGGAGUGACAUCAGCGAGGGGGUAUAACCAAGCCGGUUGCUCAACAUUUUCAACCAACAGUAAUUCUAAUAACGAUGACCAGAUUUUUCUAGGGUCCAAGCAUUCAUCCCUGUGGUGCUCCACUCGUCACUGCCUGCUACUUGGAAAAAAGGAGUCACAGGCCACUGUUCGAGAUAAUCCAUCGGAUGAAUGUCGGAGCUCCAUGUUUGGUUGUUGUCAUGAUGAAUUGACCCCUGCCUUGGGCCCGAGGGGAGAAGGAUGUAGGAGCGGACCCAGACACCUUUAUCCAGCUCCGUGCCUGCUGCUGAGCGCUAAUGGGCCCUGCACUGAUUGGACAGUCCGAUGGUUCUUCAUCCCCGAUGCGGCGCUCUGUAACCGCUUCUGGUAUGGAGGCUGCCAUGGCAACAUGAACAACUUUGAGACGGAGGAAGAGUGUGAGAGUCGGUGUAAGCAAUUGGGUCGCGACCGUGGCAUGAGUAGGCCAGACGAUCGGGCUCCCUGGUGGUCCCCACACCUAGGACGACAGUCUGAGUCCUCCCUGCUUCCUACACGGGCUCCAAACAGAGGCUCAGUCCAACUGCAGCCACACCAUCCCAUUUACAGGUUAAAUAUCGACAGACCUGAUCCUUCUUUGGUGAGUUCCCGGCCAGGACAAACUGUGAGGUUACUGUGCAGGGUUGAUGCAUUCCCAUCUCCUCGUAUCGAGUGGUACAAAGAUGGAAGACUGUUACUUUCAGCAAGACACAGACAGCAGCCCGAUGGAUCAUUGCUGAUCAGCUCGGUCCGGGAACAAGAUGGUGGAUUGUACACCUGUCGAGCAUCAAAUGGACACGGUCAGGCAUCUCGUCAGGUUCAGCUCAACAUUCAAGCUGCAGCUCACAUCCAGCCCAGCAUGUCUGUGAUCGAGGCCUGGGUUGGCUUCUCAGCCCAGCUACCAUGCCCGGCUGAAGGAUGGCCAAGACCCCGGGUGUUCUGGGAGAGAGAUGGCACCCGCAUUGGACCAGCGGCCCAGCCCCGGCUCACUCAGCUGGAUGACCAGUCUUUACGCUUUACCUCAGUAAUGCCCAGCGAUGCAGGGGAAUACGUUUGUGUCGCCCAGAAUAUGGUGGGACCGCUGCAAAGGAUGGUGGUGGAACUUAAGGUCAAAGGAGAACUGAAGAUCACUGGACCACCUCAGGAUCUACAUGUGGCCUUAAGGGGAACAGCAGAGUUUCCGUGUGUGGUGUCUUCUUCCAAUGCUAAUGUACAGUGGACAAGGAAUGGAAUCCCCCUCCGAACAGAUGGGGAGCAUAUCUACGUUUCCCCAGAUGGUACUUUGACUUUGCACAAUGUCCAGUUGGACGAUUCUGGGACUUACACCUGCAAUGUGUACAGCGGCUCUCACUCGGUCAGUGCCAGUGCUGAAUUGACCGUCACAUGUCCAUUUUAUUGGAAGUAGCAUGUAAAGUUUACUGUAGGAGAUGAAGAAUACUACUCGACUGAUGUUUGCAAAUGCAUUCCAUAGAAAAAGAUGACCAAUCAAACUCACCCUUUUAUUAUGCAAACCUGUACUCUUUUAAACUAUUGAUAUGUAUAAUAAUUUUAGAAUGACAAGUUAUUCAUAAGAAAAUUGUUAAUAUAGAAAAUAUGAUUUUCAAAAAUUCUGAACAUUGCGAUUUCCAAAGGUGCACUGCAAAAUGUAUCUGCAUUCAGAUUUUAUUUUUAUGUAAAAAGACUAGUAUUUUUAAAAGCUAAAUGUCAGCAGGUUGGAUAAACUUAGUAAAUAAUCAUGUAUUUUUCCAGCUGGCCUUACAUUUAGUGCGCUGUUAGUUUUGUACAUAAUACUCACUACCUACUUUCUACUUAACCAGAAUCACAUUUUUUAUGAAGAUGAUUAUUCAUGUGAAAAUGUAUAUUGUGUGUUUAUUAAUACAUUUCUGCAAAUAGCAUGUCAAUGAAUUAAACAAUGCAUAUUGAACUACUGGCCUUUUUAUAAUUACACCGACAAAAUACAAUAAACUACUGAUUGCAGGAGAUUUUAAAAAGUCGCAUUGUUGAUAGAAUCUCCUGGUGCACAUUGAAUU